CAACAUUCUCUCACCGUUCAUUACUUCCGCCCGGCUCCAUCACGCGAGGAAUACAAGACACCGACUCGCUCUAUGCCUUCCAACACCUCCGUCAACCUUCCGCAGGAGGAGGCCAGUGGUCAUUCCGCGUUGCCGUUGACUAGAAUCAAAAAGAUCAUCCACCUCGACGAGGAUAUAGCGCAGUGCUCGAACAACGCCGCAUUUGUGAUCGCGGUGGCAACAGAGCUGUUUAUACGAUACCUUGCAGAGCAAGGCCACAACGUCGUCAAAUCUGAACGGAAGCCAAGACGGACGAUCCAAUACAAAGAUCUAGCCACCGCAGUUUCCCGCAUCGACAACCUCGAGUUCCUAGCAGAUGUAAUACCAAAAACGACGACAUACAAACAGUUCAAAGAAAAGAGAGCGAAGGAGACUGCCAAUGGGGCUGGCGUGUCGACGAACCAGCGAACACUUAGCAGCGCGAGGAUGCGGGCGAAUGGCACGACGUCGCGAGAGCGGAGAGAAGACUCCAUGCUGGAUCUGAACGGGCAGGGGGACACGCACAUACCAACAUCUCGGCCGCCGAUGGUUAUGCACUCAUCACGGCCAGAUAGUACUCUUGUGGCUAACGAUCCAAUGUAUCCGGACGAUGAAGAUGUGGGGACUGAUGGGGAUAUUGAGAUGACGCAAUGAGAUAUGAGGAUACUUUUCUUUCCCUUCUAACCAUGAGUGAGGGUAAUUUUUUUUCGGUUCUUUUUCAACUUGUGGCUGGUGUAUUUAUAAAAGCUUCCAGGGGAUCGGGGAGUUAUUCUUUCUUUCCACUGCUUUGUUUUCCUUUGGAAUUUUAUUUAUUACCACGGUUAGUUAUCAUUAUUGUUAGCAUUGAUGGUUUGGAUUAUGAUUGAUACUGGUCUGGUGUUUUGUUGGAACUAUUAGAUGAUAAAUGGGGAAG